AGACACUUUAUCGCAAUGAAGAUUCGAGCUUGUACGUUCUUUGCGCUGCUGCAGCUGCUGAUCCUGCUGCAGUUUGCCUCAACGGGUUCUGGAAGCAGUCGUAUCGCUGCGGGCGAAUCGACGACCCUCGGGGAAUUCCCCUUCAUUCUAUCUCUGGGACUGACCUCCUGGGCAAACGUUUACCAUUUGCACUACUGCGCCGGAUUCGUUGUCACUGAAAGCUGGGUUAUCACCUGUGCCCGUUGCGUCGAGGACGCCGUUGACGAUGUUGGACGCUACUAUUGGCUGGCUGGGACGAACAACUUACGCCAAGGAGGUACCCGGUACCUCAUCGGUCAGAUCAUCAUUCAUCCUGAUUACGACCCGGAUGAUUCUCUGAUACACGACAUUGCCUUGGUCAAGGUGAGAAAUCCGUUUGAAUUUUCAAAUACAAUUCAGCCAAUCGGACUAGCGAGGUCGAGUGCUGAGUCUACGGCGUCAGGGACUCGCGGUGUCGUCGUCGGAUGGGGUGAGGUUUCGCAGACGGUGAUACAACCCGACGUUCUGCGAAGCGCCGAGGUUACGAUCAUCGACGGAGAUCUCUGCCGCGAAAUAUACGCACCUUGGCACCUAACUAUUCACGAGGAAUAUCAAUUCUGCGCCAUAACUACGAACGACGAGGCGAAAGUAGCGGCGAGGAACGAUUCUCAAAUGAAACUUGAUCGUAGGGCAUGCCGCGGAGACGAAGGAGGGCCCUUCUUUUAUAGGGACCUUCAACCUCCGUUCGCCGUAGACACUGCCGUGGGAUUUGUGUCGUGGACCUAUGGCUGCACGCCUUCAGGCUAUCCGGCUGUAUACGCAAAAAUAUCCCCCUACUUAGAAUGGAUACGUGAAAUUACUGGCACGUUGAUAUAAUGUAUAAUAAAUAAGUUUUUUUUUUUUUUU